AUGCGGCGGGCCAUGAGUGGAAUACUGAAGAGGAAAUUUGAGGAGGUGGAAGCCUCCUCCUCCCCGUGCUCUUCCUUGCGGGAGUCUGAUGAUGAGGUCUCAUGCAGUGAGAGCGGGGAUAGCAGCGACAGUGUCAACCCCUCUGCCUCAGGCCCUUUCACCCCCGACUCAAUAUUGAAGAGAGAGAAGCGCCUGCGGACGAGGAGGGUGCAUUUUGAGAAUGUGACCGUGUACUACUUCAGCCGACGGCAGGGCUUCACCAGCGUGCCCAGCCAGGGAGGCAGCACGCUGGGCAUGUCCAACAGGCAUAGCUGGAUCAGACAGUACUCCCUGGGGGAAUUUGCCGUGGAGCAGGAGAGGAUCCACAGAGACAUGCUCAGAGAUCACCUGAAGGAGGAGAAACUCAAUUCAAUCAAACUCAAGCUGACUAAGAAUGGCACGGUGGAGUCUGAAGAGGCCAACACGCUCACGGCAGAGGACAUUUCUGACGACGACAUUGAUCUGGACAACACAGAGGUAGACGAGUACUUCUUCCUGCAGCCACUUACCACUAAAAAGCGCCGAGCACUGCUGCGCUCCUCUGGGGUGAAGAAGAUUGACGUGGAAGAGAAACAUGAACUGCGGGCUAUCCGGAUAUCCAGAGAGGACUGCGGCUGUGAUUGCAGAGUUUUCUGUGACCCGGAGACAUGUGCCUGCAGCAUCGCAGGGAUCAAGUGCCAGGUGGACCGCAUGUCAUUUCCAUGUGGCUGCACAAAAGAGGGCUGCACCAAUUCAACUGGGAGAGUGGAGUUUAAUCCCAUCCGUGUUCGGACCCAUUUCUUGCACACCAUAAUGAAGCUGGAACUGGAGAAGAGCCGCGAGCAGCAGCAGGCGUCCCCCACCAAUGGUUACCAUGGCGAAACUAACGACCUGGGAGGCGGAAACCCUCUCGUUCAGUCGCAGCACAGGUUGGAGUACUCUCUGUCGGAGGCCGUUCCACAGACGGCCAGCAUGCACCUGCAGACCGCGGAGGAGAUGGAGGAGCCGCUGGAUGACGAAGAUGAGGAGGAGGAUGAAGAAGACGAGGAGGAGGAGGAGGAGGAAGACGAAAACGAAGAAGACGAUGAGGACGAGGAGGAUAGUGUCAGUGUUUGCAGUGUCCUGUCUGACUCCAGCACCCAAAGCUUAGCCAACAGCGACUCCGAGGAUGAGGAUGCUGACGAUGAAGAGAAGUCAAAGAACUUUCAGGGUGACAUAACGGCCCCGUCCGUGUCUCAUACCGAGGUUGUCCCCUUGUCCUCUGUGCUGUGUUUUACCAAUGGCUCAGUGGCUCACGAUAACAACAUGAACGGGAACACUUAUUUAAUGAACUCCUCUUCAGCUGAGUACUAUCAGCUCGGGAGCUCCAGUGCCGUCUCUAACGGCCAAACCAGCCGACCCAGUGAACCCUACGGAGAAGCCUUAGCAUUCCAAGAUCCAGUCACCACAAACAACAGCAGCGCGGCCCCAGGACCAUUCAACAUGUCUGCCGAGCAGUACACAGACUACUCUAAUCAGACUGGUGAACAAUACACAGCUAAUCAACAUUUCACGCUGACCAACGGCGCUCCUGCGGCCCCCUUGACCUACUACACAUCUGAUCAGGAGAAGAAGGUGUUGUCCAAAGAGGCCUUUGUGGAGCAGCCGGACACCCAGAACCAGACGCAGUUUAAAGACUACUUGAACAAUAACACACAGGGUUCCUACAGCAGCUCAUGUAUGACAGCUGAACAGCCACAGCAAGAGGCCGGUGUUAAUGGCCAUUCUGACCUGAGCUUACUAGAAAAAAACACUAAGAACCACCCUUUACCAGACCAUUGCCCUGAGGUCACAGCCAUUUAG